CGUUUGAAUAUGUUAUAAUCCUUGCAGUAUUUACUAGGACGUAAGCUGACGACCUCCUGGAUCAUCCAAUUCAAGAACCGAACGCUGCAUCCAAGACCAUACUAGACAGGAAAAUGCAUGUCAUCUGAAGGUGGUAUUUAUCAAAAAACAAGAACAAAAAGCAGUAUUCCGAAUGGCCCCCAUUCACAACUUGGCUAUAAUUAUGCUCUGCGCACAGCCUUGUCAUAAUUUCUAGUGAGAAAACAACCUUACGUGACUAUCAACCGGUCCCUAGGAAGCCCAGCAAAAUGACGAGAGAGGUCAGUAGAGAUGAGUACACUGGUAGGUAGCAUGUCAGUUUCAGUCAAUGAGAGGAAAGCUAAUGUGGCCAAUCACUUCCAAGUCUGCGACCAAUGUCGAUCCAGGAAAAUUCGCUGCAGUAGAGAGAAACCAUCAUGCAGAAAUUGUACCCGCCUUGGAAUACAAUGCGAGUGGUCUGGUCAGGGCAAAAAGCGCAAUCAAACAACGCUCCUAAGCCACACGAUUCUUGGAAUGGGAAGUCGCCUCCAACACCUUGAGAAUACAAUAGCAGACACGCAAAGAUCAUUGAAACGACUCUUUGAUGGGCAAUGGGUAACCCCGCCAAAUUCUGCACGACAUUCGUCCAGCCCUCCAGGACAGAGACCCCAGUUUUCUCCGGAGCAAUCCGCGGACACUUUGGAAACGACGGACUUUGCGCCGCCUCCUGGUCGAUUUCUCUUGGGUCACAAUAAUGAUGAAAGGUACUUUGGAUCCACGUCUCUCGAGUCACUCAUGCUCAAGAUCAAGGACGACAUGACAGAUGGAUGCGACAGUGAAAGCCACACGUUCAAGGAAUGCAUCUCACAAGCACAAUGGAAAAUCGAUCUUCUUGUUAAACAGGAGGAGGGAGAAUGUGCCAAGGAUAUAUUACCACCGACCACACCUCCAUUUGCUAUUUUGGAUGCUAUGAUUGAGCCAUACUUUUCCUCAAUCAACCCUCACUUCCCCAUCUGGACAAAAGAGAAAUUUAUUGACAUGGCAACCACGCUGCGACAAUCUCCAUCAUCGGAACGAGACUUUGCGUCAAUUAUCUGCUGCAAUAACCUUAUCCUCAUGGCCAUGUCGGCAGACUCAUUGUGCUCCAACCGUGGCGAGUCAACGCAGAACAGACAAGGGACAAAGGUUUCGUCAAUGGAAUUUGACAUGAUCGCGGGAUUCCGUGCCAACGCAAAGCGAGCUAUUCAAAAUAUUGAUCAGCUUCUUUUACCUCGUCUGAUCAAUGUUCAGGCUCUCUUAUCUCUGUACAUGGUGGCUCAGGAGCAUUUUUCCAUCGUUGAAUCCGAGAGAUUGUUUGAUCUCGCUUCCCGAUGCGCAAAGUUGACAGGUAUCCAUCAAUGGCACUCUUUCCAAGGUCACCUCAGCGACGAAGACAUUAGAGAGCGCCAGACCAUCUCGUAUUGUUUGUACACGAUUGAUAAAACAGUGUGCUGGACAACUGGUUUGUCUCCUAACAUGCCCGCAUCGGAUAUUCAUUUCGAGACAUACGCCGUGUCCUCUGAAGUUAGUCUUGCAUCAUCUCUCAUCGCAAAAUCCGAGCUGGCUAGGAUUGAAGAGACGAUAUACUUGGAAAUAUACGCAAGCCAGGUCAAGCCUAAAAGGGAAGAUGAGAUUAGGGCUUUCGCAGCCAUGAUGUUAUCAAAACUUCAAGUCUGGCUGACGAACUCGGGAAUUGACUUGAAUAUGAUUCAAACCCCGCCUGAGACCUCUGCUGAUAAGCUUCAGUUGACGAUCAGGUACCUAAAUGUUCAAUUGCUACUAAUCUGGCCCCACAAACACCACCCAGAUACCAUAUAUCAACGAUGUAAAGAGGUCGCUAGGAUGUGCAUGAAACUUGUGCUAAGCCUUUGGAACUCACCACCCGACGAAGGCAAGCACGCUGUUUUCCCAUCCUUUGUUGCCUCGCUUCCUCCACUGUAUCUCUACGAAGUUCUUUCAUCCAUCCUCAGCAACAAGGAUUCAAAGUCCGAUUUCAGCAUGCUCCAAGACUAUAUCGACAUGCUUGAAGCAAUCACAGACGGCCGAUCCGAAAACUCUUACAACAGUAAGCUCUACCAAUUAUCAGUUAUUGUGAAAGACGUAACAAGCGUUCGAAACACCCAAUACAAACGGCAAAAGCCAAGCCCGGAAUCAUCAACAAACAUGUGCUCUAUAACAGAUCUUCUCUCUCCCCUUGGAAGCGGCUACGGCUACAUAGGGUCGGAACUUAAAGAAAUUAACAGUUCAGGGUUUGACAAUUCUGUGUUCCAAGAGCCAGACGCCUCCUUUGCGCUCCAAGAUUCGGAUACCUCAUUUGUGUUCCUGAAUUCGCUUAAUUCUACAACUGUUGACCCGGCUCCGGGCUCAGAUGACUUUAUGCCGCACUUGCGGAUCUUUUCUUAAAGGGUUCCUUGGCGUAAGGAUUUCAAUCCAUUAUAUAUGGUCCAUUUAGCUAUGCUUUAAAAAAAAAAAAAAAAAAAAACAAAACAAAAAGGGGGUGGGGAUACAUCCAUCAUCAUCCACUCGAUGCAAAAUACCGGGGUUCUAUGUUAGAACCAGAAUGGGUUUGACCAUCUUGAUGACUUAUGGUCGUUUCGUUUAUAGAAUCCGUCCACGUCUUGU